GUUUUAUACCAUAACGGUGUAAGUAGAUAAAAUCUACCUUCCGGUAUUGCACAUUUUCCGAGUUGAAUUUGUAAUUUCCGAGUUGUGUCCUACUCUUGAUGAUCUUUUGAUAUACUCUUUCAAUUUAAAGGAAAUUCCAGAGCAUGAGCUCACAGAGAGGUAACGUUAAGAAAUCAAGGCCACAGAAAUACCAGAAUAAGUCGGCAUUUAAGAAUGUAUAUCACGACACAAGCAAGAGAACCCAGCAAAUCGUGAAUACCGAGGUGACCGGAGUUUGUGCAAGAUGUAAGGACUGCAUUGAUUGGAAGAUCAAAUACAAAAAAUACAAGCCACUUUCUCAGCCCAAAACAUGUGUUUUGUGCAAAGAGAGGACAGUCAAGUUAGCUUACCAUGUAUAUUGCACAAAGUGUAGUUCCACAAGUAACAAGUGUGCAAAAUGUGGGGAGAAAAAAGAUGUAGUCUUGCGACCAAAACUAUCUGAGGCCGAGCAAGCGAGUGAAGAUAGAGAAUUACAGUUUGAGCUGGAGCAGUUACCUGAAAGGAAAAGAAGAACUUUCAUGAGAUUGCAAGAUAAAGGUCUUCCCACAGAGUGUGGCAGUACAUCAGAUUAUCAAAUGGAUGGCAGUACUGAUGGUGAUCAUGGUGAUGAAGAUGAUGAUGAUGAUGAUGAUGAAAAUAUUGAUGAACCUAACAUUGAUUCUAUAGGCUGUGAUACACAAAAUGCCUGUGCUAAUGAAUUAAGUGAAAAUGAAACGGGAAACCAUUCUAACUCGGUUACAAGAACUGCUGGGAUAGAUUCACUAUCCAAUCAGAUUUCUGAAGUAACAGUCAACGAAAACAAGUCUUGUGGACAUCAAGAGGAAAAUGAAAUAGCUAAAUUAAAUGAUGCUUGAAGUAAUGCAAGUUAUUCCAGAGGAAAUUUAAUCUGUAUUAAGAAUGUAAUAAAAAGAAAUUUUUUCAUGGUCA